AUGUCAGAACAAAGAGGACUAGAAUUAAAAAACAUGUUGACCGGUGAUAGUGUUGUUAUCCUUGCUUUACGUAAUGCUCGUGUUGGCUAUUUCAAUGGAAAGGUUAUAAAUAUAAAAGUUGCCAUAACAUUACAUAUCAAUCCACCUUUUCUAGAGGCAGAACCUCUAACACUAAGAGGAAAGGACCCUUUGCUUGCUCCGGUCUUUCUUCCAGCAACUAUCCACAUAGAUGGGAAAUAUACUAGAAUGACUAUUUCUUCAAUCUGCGAGUGGAUGAGUGUUAAACCAGAAACUAUUCAAACUACUUUACUGGUUGCUCUACGUUUUGUAAACGUAAUAGAUAAAACUUUCUGUUACGUAGCUUGUCCACUAAUAGUAAAUGGAAAGCCUUGCAAAACAAAAUGUACUCAAAAGGUUGACGAUUCAUGGUUCUGUCCUAGAUGUGAAAUGACCAUGAAAGAAAGCAACUAUAAUUACCUUUUACCAGUAAAGUUACAAGAUGCAACAGGUACUCUUUGGGCCACUGCAUUUGAUGACGUUGGCAUUCGCUUGAUAAAAAAAACUACAAAAGAGCUUUGUGCACUAGAAAAUGAUGCCACAAUAACAAAAACACCUUUCUUUGUGAUUAACAAGCUUGUGUCACAUCACUAUUCAUUCACAUUGUUGGUUUUUACCGACACAUACAAUUCUGAAUCAAAGAUGAAAGUCACAAUCAACAAAGUCUCCUUUGUUGAUUACAAAUUUGAGUGUGAUGCAUUGCUUGCAAAGAUUGGUCACUUACAUACAUAG